CAACCCUUAUCUCUUGCUUGUUGCUACCAAAACCAACGGCCACUCACAGAGACAACGGCCUUAUUCCGCACCAGCAACAAAGAUUGAAAGCGCCGAUCUUCCAGUGCCAAACUCAGGGAGUCAGGAUUGCAAGAAAACGGGUGAGUUACCAUGUUAGGAAGUGCCCGUGUUCGGCUGAACCGGUGGCAGCAGGCGGCUGUGGCAGUCGGUUCGGCUGUGGGCGCAUUGGUGGACCCAAGAAGAGCUGAUCUCAUAGCAGCUCUUGGAGAGACAACUGGGAAACCUGCAUUUGAAAGAGUUCUUGAAAGAAUGACGAGGAGCCCUGAAGGCAGGGCCAUACUGUUGGAGAAACCCCGUGUUAUAUCUGUAAACGUGGGUCAUGCAUGGGAUCUACCAGCAAACACAUUUGGUGCUGCCUAUGCGAAGUUCAUGGGAUCUAGGAACUUCUCCCCAGAUGAUCGACCACCAGUGCGGUUCAUGGAGACAGAUGAGCUUGCAUAUGUGGCCAUGAGGGCUCGCGAGGUGCACGACUUCUGGCACACCCUUUUUGGCCUUCCAACGAACUUGAUGGGGGAGUCGGCCCUCAAGGUAAUAGAGUUUGAGCAAAUGUACCUCCCCAUGUGCCUGAUGUCCGUCAUAGGGGGCUCAGCGAGAUUCAACGAGAAGCAAAGGAAAUUGUUCUUUCAACACUACUUCCCUUGGGCCAUCCAAGCUGGAAUGCAGUGCACAGAUCUCAUGUGCGUGUAUUACGAGCGGCACUUUCACGAGGAUUUGGAGGACGUUCGGAGAAAGUGGGGUAUAAUUCCUGCCCCUGCUCCUCCUAAACAAGCCUGAUCAUCAGCAGCUUCAGCUUGUUUGGCGGAGAAACUGUAAAUUUCUCGAGCACAAUGUACCCAUUAACUUGUGCUUUCCUUGUCAACCCAAAUAAGUUAUUGUUUGAACACAUUAAUAGUUACAGGUCGAUUUCAAUUUACCUUCACAAAUUGAA